UUUACCCUUCACAAAGGAACCGGGCAGGCACCAGGCUAAUAAACCCAAAGCAAAUGUUGUUCGACGCGCGGCGUGUAAACGGGACUGGGGAGCAACGCGCGGGAGCGCGGUUAUCGGGAAAGCCCUUUGUCACGUUCGGUGGUCCGUGCCACCUGCUGAAAAGGGACGACCCUAAAGGUUACCGGGUAGCGAGUGGCGGGGUGAAAACUUCAAUUCAGAGAUCAGUGGUCGCAAACCGAACGGUAGAUGUGGGGAUGGAUUUCGCUAAGCUGCGAACAUCCUCCUUCGGGACGGACGUGGACAAUCAGCGGAAGCCGCGGUCCAUCAGUACAGUGUCGUUCAUGGACGAGCCGAGUCACACAGACGAGCUCCACCCUCCCGUGAAGCUGGAGAACACGUACCAGAUGAGCCCCCUGAAGCGUUUUCCCGUCAGCACCGUACGCCACAUCCUGCAGGACGUGCUGCAGAACUACCUACAGGAGGAGAAGUACGAACCUGAGCUCUGCAGGCAGAUGACAAAAACUAUCUCAGAGGUUAUUAAGGCUCGUGUAAAGGACCUGAUGGUUCCACGCUACAAGAUCAUCUGUCUCAUCCACAUCGGUCAACUCAACAACCAGGGUCUCCGUAUCGGCUCGCGCUGCCUCUGGGACCCAAACAACGACACGUUCGCCACCCAGGACUUCCAGAACGGUUCGCUAUAUGCGGUGGCGACGGUGUAUGGAGUUUACUAUGAAUAGAAAUAUUCCUUUGUCUGCAAUAAUGUUCAUGAUAGGGUUUUGCUCAGCCUUAUAGUUUUUUUUUUUUUUCAUUUCCAGGCCAAUCUUUGACUUUGAGCAGUAGAAUUAUCCACCAUAGGACUAAGUCCUGACUGGAAAUGUUGUUACAGUAACAGUUACUGAAACAUCUGCUAGGAGUUAAACUGUCUGUAGAUUUCCGUAUUAGUUUCGUCAGGUUGGUAGAUCAAUCAAACAAAGUCUUCUUCAUUUCACAACCUUCUUUUUAUUCUUCUGUAGACGUUUCGGUGACUCUCUCAUUUUGUACUGAUGAAGGUGGCAGACAGUCACCGAAGCGUCAGAAGAAUAAAAAAGAAGGUUGUGAAAUGAAGAACUUCAAGACUUUGUUCGUUUGUUUGUAGAUUUCUUUGACCAUCUGAUAGACCCUCAGUGUCUGUCAAAAUGGCCAUUGAUUUCUCUCCGUCAUUCAGUUAACAAGAUCAGUCAAAUGACUGUCAGUGAAUAGACAAUGCUGGGCAAAACCCUGAUUGAUUAUAGGCUGUAUAAGGAUAUAGUUUGCGGUUUGUCUAAUAGUAUGUAAAUGCAGAAACUUUGACCUGGCAGAAUAUGCAAUUCUUACGGUAGAGAUUAUGAUUAGAGUCCCUGUAUAACUGUGACUGAUUGGGAUAUGUACACCUUAGCAAAAGCGGUCUUCAGUGCUGCAUUGAUGAUUGAAGUAUUCAUGCCUCUUUGGUAUAGCAUCAGUGCCGACUGCCACCAUGAUGGUAACUUCAUUGUAAUUAUGGCUGACAGAUGAAUUAUUGCUAAUUGUAAUAGACUAAGUAGAAUUGUCUGGCGGAGAUCCUGAUCACAACCUCUGCAAGACAGGGAAGAACGGACGCUAAACCGGAUAGUGAGUGAGUGAAUCUCUGUGUAUAGAGACUCACAGAUCGUAAUUGCUACUGGUGAAAAUGCACAAUGUACACUGUCAGUUAAAAUCCCCAGAUUGUACUGGAAGAGAUUCUUAUACCAAUCAUGCUCUCUACUGAUAGAAUCGGUGAUUUUGCCGGAUGACGAUCUCCUUCCUAACGUGUGUAUGCAAUGACUAUGAAGGGGCUCCAAAAUAGCCUGGUAUCCAGUUGUAUUAUUGCGCCCAAGUCUCUUCUGUCCUCUCUUUAACAGAAGAGACUCAGGAGCUAUAACAUGGCUGGAUACCAGACUAGCUCCAAAAGGGGUGUGAAUAUUCUACAAUUGUCAUAGGUUUAAAGAUUUCACAUCACAAUGUUUGUGCACUCUUGAAACAGCUUUAUUUUUCCACAGUGCUAUAAAAAAACUAUAGAAAAGUAUAGUCAACAUCUGUAAUAUAAACAAGGUCUUGCUGUAAAUGUUGCAAAAUAACCAGAAAAAAGUUUAGAAAAUAUUAAUAUUGCACAUGCUACAAUGAUUAUUAUUAUAAAGUGUAUUCCCUCUGAAUUUAUGAUUAUCAUAAUCAUUGCAGAAUUGAUUAGACUAUUUACUCUUCAUUCCAACCUGGAUUUUUUGGAAUGUGAUGAGUAGUUUUCCUGUCAAUAAUAAUAUAGGCAUUCCAGAGUAUAUCUAUGCAAUCAAACAUUGAUACAUUUAUGUAUUCCGUCCACCUUGACCAAUCCUGAAUCAUUUUCCUUGAAUGAAAUAAUAGAAAUUAAGUUAAUCAUGAAAUUGCAAAAACAAAAUGUACUUGUCUAGAACUUUUGGUGUGUCAGGCUUUUAUCAAUACUAAGGCCAUGUUGAUACAAUUAUAUGGAUGCCAUCCUCUGGGAAGCCCCAAACUAAUGCCGGCAUUUGAAUAAGUUUGGUAUGAAAUAAAGUUGCUGUCGAUUCAAAAUAUGUGGUCAGGAGGCUUGAACAAAUUUUGAGUAUUGUAUAGUAUUACCAAACAAUAGAUUCUUCAAUUUUGUCUGUUGUAUUUUCCUUCUUUUGAAUGGUUUUGGCAGUCUACCGAAUUUAGUACUCACGGAUUUAACUUGCAAUUAAUGAAAUAUUUGCUCAUAUUGAAGCUGCUUUGUGCAAAUAACUGUAUGAUCAAAAACUUUUUUUUUUGAGAAUGUCAAAAAAUUUAUGCAUCUGUAUGUCAUCUGAAUAUAAUUGAAUCAAUGGUCUAAUGUGUGUAAAUUCAUAGGGAAGAGAAUGAAAGGAGCAUAUUAUGUUUUACACCUCACAUUAUGUAAUAUGCAUUAUGUAAAUAAAUAAAUAUCAUGGAACAGAAUGGUAAAUGUGCACCAUGUGUAAUAGAAAUACAGGCUAGUGUGUACAGCACAAGUUGUAUACAGGGUAUAUUUAAAUAUUUUCUGACACUUUCUGAUGAAAUAUAUUAUUCACUGAUGAAUUAAUAAUAUGACAAAUGUAAAACCUAGAGUAUCUUUCAGACAGAUGUUGAAAAUGUAGUUCAUGAUGAUAAUUAAUCGAACCAGUCACAUUUACUACUGACUGUAACAAAUGGAUUCCAUAAUGUCAUACUACAAAAAUAUGAUUGUCAUCAUUCCUAGGCAUGUACUAGUAGUGCUGUGUUUCUAUGCACUUCACCAGACUCUGACCUAUAAAACUUUUAGGUUCAGUUAAAAGAAAAAGAAAACAUUUGGGAACCAGUUCCAGACAUGCAAAAAACUAUCUCUCACUUAUAUUCUCUUUUUUGUUCUAAACAAUCCUUAACCUUCCAUAGAUUAUGAAAUUUGUGCUGAAAAAAAGACAAAAACAUUUUCCUGUUGUGUGUUUAUUACUGAUCUAUUAUAAUUGUGUUUAUUUCUGACUGUAUUUUGCAUAUAAAAUUGCAUGUAAAAUCUUGUAAAACAUGCAAAUCUUACACUGUUUUCACAUGACCCAAAAAAGGAUUUCAAGCACACAAUCAUACAGGUGAGGUACAUGUACCUGUAAGAUUUAAGCUGAACCUGAUUGUGUACUUAAUUCGUAAUUAUGGAUGUUAUUGUAAUGAGUUUAGGUACACAGCACCACAGCAAUACAAAUGUAGGCACGUAAACUCAGACUAUUGACAACAUUGAAAACUCUUAGCAGUGAUCAUUAGCUAUAGUAAGCCCUGUGUAAAUACAGUUUCCAGAGUCUUUACAUCAAGGCUUUUGAGUACUACAUUUUGUAUGAUUAAUGAAUUACAGUUCCCAUAAUGUAAAGUACCAGGUCCUCUUUCAAGCCUUUGUAACGGUUUAGUUUUUUACAACAAUCUUUCUUCAGUGACAACAAUGUUAUUUUUGGGUUCUCGGAUUAACCUGACCUGAUCUGUAUAUUAGUGUACCUUUCUGUAUGUGUAAAAAAAGGGGUAUUUUCCUAUCUCUCAUUAUGUAGGGCUGUGCACAUCUCAAAUGCUAUUGCCCUCGGGCCACACUGUAGUACAGCUGGGGAGUCCUACACUGGUUGUUGAAAUAGUUAAAUUGAUGCAUACUGCAAUGUGCAUCAUUUGCCAGUAUUGCAAUAGGAAUUCAUAAUGUAAAGUAAUUCUGUCAAUGGUGUUUUUUUAAAAUAUUGUAUUAUUUGAAAGAUCAGUACACUCUAUGAUAUUGUAUAAAAUGUGAUAUGAUACCACAGGUUUUAUACUCAUCUACAUGUAGUUGUACAUUGAAACACUUAACAGUCAUACAAUUGUAACAUGAACUCUCCUGAAGUAAUUCUAAAUUUGAGAUCAAUUAAAUGCAGCAUCAAGUAAUGCACACUACAGAAUGAUACUCAGUUGUUCAAGACAUUCUAAGAAGUGAAAUUAUUCCAUUUCUCAUUGUUUUGUAUGUACUGUAAGUUUUGGAGUAACCAUGCAGUAGACUUAUGAGAGGUGAAUUUACAUGUAAAGCAUUAUGUAAUGUCAGACUGAAACAUUACAGUGCAAUACCACAGAUGAAGCCUUCUUUGUAACAAUAGUAAUGUUCAAUUAGUGGUUAAAAAUUCAUUUAAUCAUUCAGAAAAUUGCCCGCAUGAAACAAGGUUGUUUUCUACUGAGUAAUACACUUGGCUGUACCUAUUCCUGUUUUGUACAAAAAUCAAGAUGUAUUUUGUUUGAAAUAUUUCUUAAUAGUGCAUAACCACUGACAUUUAACUCUCAAGAAGAGUCAGUCAUACAAUAAAGAUUUUGUGAACACCUUCA